CGCGGGCGGCGGCGGCGGCGGCGGCCGCGGGGGGUGCGCGCGCGCGCCGCGCGCGCGCGCGGCUGCGCCCAGGCACGCUGCUGCUGGGUGGCAUGCAGGGCCACUGGGGCGAUGGGAUAUCCCUCUCCUCGGGCAUCGUCGCCGUUCGCCAGUACAAGCAGCCGAGGACGCGCGCCGAUCCACUGCGAGAGGUGCCGACCGAGGAGGAGUUCAGCACCGACGUGAAGAAGGUGGUCUCCACCAAGCCCGUAGCGCGGUGCAAGUGGCUCACGCGGGGCAUGGAGUACGCAGGCACUGGGCGCAUCGCCGCGACGGUGCUGUACGACAUUGUCACGCACCCGAAGUUUAGCAGCGGCUUCAACAGCGAUCUGCGGACCUCCAUGGCCCAGAUGCUCAAGGCCAACAUGCACCUCUUCAGCCAGAAGCAGCAGAGGGCCCUCCUCGCGGCCUUCGUGCCUGCUGACAAGGCAGACAAGGGGGACAAGAAGCGCAGCAGGAGCCGGGCGAGGAGAAGAAGCGCAGCCGCAGCCGCGGCCGCGCCAAGGGCCGGGACCGCAGCGCCAGCCGCCAGCGCAGCCAGAACAGCAGCGGCAGCGCCUCGCGCAGCCGCAGCCGCGAGGAGAGCCGCCGAAGCGCAAGAGGCGGAAGCCCUCGCCCUCCGAGGAGAUCGUCGUCGUCGUCGUCCGCGGCGAAGCCGGGCGUCGCGGAGAAGAGCGCGGAGGCGGGCGCUGAGGCCCCGCCCGCGCCGGCCUCCAGCCACGUGCCCGUCUUCAUCGUGCCGAAGAUCUCACGCCCAGACAGGCUUAGCAAAGGCCCCUCCGCGCGCCCGCCGCCGCCGGCCCAGCCGGCGCCGCCCGCGGAG